UGAAGGAGGAAGCUCCAUUUUGUCAGCGCCCGAGAGAAGACAGAAACGCCGAGAGGAAGUACUGAAAAUAUGAAGUAAAGACCUGAUUUUGAAGUAAGGCGAGAGAGGUACGAAAAGUGUAGUGCUUCUGCGAUGCUGUAUCCCAGGCGAGGAGGCAAGGGAGCCCGGCGCCUGCUGCUCUCUCUUCUGCUUCUUGCAAUCUGGGAGGCGGGGAGCGGCCAGGUCCACUACUCGGUCCCCGAGGAGGCCAAGCACGGCACCUUCGUGGGCCGCAUCGCGCAGGACCUGGGGCUGGAGCUGGCGGAGCUGGUGCCGCGCCUGUUCCGGGUGGCGUCCAAAGGCCGCGGGGACCUUCUGGAGGUAAAUCUGCAGAAUGGCAUUUUGUUUGUGAAUUCUCGGAUCGACCGCGAGGAGCUGUGCGGGCGGAGCCUGGAGUGCAGCAUCCACCUGGAGGUGGUGGUGGAGAGGCCGCCACAGGUUUUCCACGUGGAGGUGGAGGUGAAGGACAUUAACGACAAUCCACCAGUCUUCAGAGAGAGAGAACAAAGGUUAUUUAUUCCCGAAUCUAGACUGCUGGGAUCGCAUUUCCCGCUAGAGGGCGCUGCUGAUGCCGACAUUGGCACCAAUUCUCUUCUAACGUAUACGCUCAGCCCCAGUGAUUAUUUCUCGUUGGAUAUACAGGCAAGUGAUGAACUGAGUAAGUCACUUGCGCUUGAAUUGAGGAAAGUUUUGGACAGAGAAGAAACACCAGAACUUCAUUUAUUAUUGACAGCCACGGAUGGGGGCAAACCUGAGCUGGAAGGUACAGUUCACCUGCUGAUAACGGUGCUCGACGUUAAUGACAACGCCCCAUUGUUUUCUCAGGCCGUGUACAGAGUCCAUUUAUUGGAAACUAUAGCAAAUGGGACAUUAGUAACCACAUUAAAUGCCUCUGACGCUGACGAAGGUGUAAAUGGAGAAGUAGUCUUUUUCUUUGGCAGUGAUGUUCCUGUGAACAUUAGAAAGAACUUCAAAAUGGAUUCCAGCUCAGGAGAAAUUAGGCUAAUUGGUAAACUGGAUUAUGAAGAGACAAAAUCCUACGAAAUUCAGGUAAAAGCAGUUGAUAAAGGAAUUCCUCCCAUGUCAAAUCACUGCAAGGUUUUAGUGAAAGUGCUGGAUGUAAAUGAUAAUGCUCCGGAACUGGCGGUCAGGUCCUUGUCCUUGCCGGUCAGAGAGGACGCCCCCCUCGGCACUGUCAUCGCCUUCAUCUCCGUGUCCGACCGGGACUCCAGUGUCAACGGGCAGGUGACCUGCACCCUGACACCGCAUGUCCCCUUCAAGCUGGUGUCCACCUUCAAGAAUUACUAUUCGCUGGUGCUGGACAGCGCCCUGGACCGCGAGAAGCUGUCACACUACCAGUUGGUGGUGACAGCUCGGGACGGGGGAUCGCCUUCUCUGUCGGCCACAGCCAGCCUGUCCGUGGAGGUGGCCGACGUGAACGACAACGCGCCGCUGUUCGCGCAGCCCGAGUACACGGUGUUCGUGAAGGAGAACAACCCGCCCGGCCGCCACAUCUUCACGGUGUCGGCGCGGGACUCGGACGCGCAGGAGAACGCGCUGGUGUCCUACUCGCUGGUGGAGCGGCGGGUGGGCGAGCGCGCGCUGUCGAGCUACGUGUCGGUGCACGCGGAGAGCGGCCAGGUGUACGCGCUGCAGCCUCUGGACCACGAGGAGCUGGAGCUGCUGCAGUUCCAGGUGAGCGCGCGCGACGCGGGCGAGCCUCCUCUGGGCAGCAACGUGACGCUGCAGGUGUUCGUGCUGGACGAGAACGACAACGCGCCCGCGCUGCUGCCUCCGGCUCCGGGCGGCCCGGGCGGUGCUGGGAGCGAGCUGGUGUCGCGGUCGGUGGGCGCGGGCCAGGUGGUGGCGAAGGUGCGCGCGGUGGACGCGGACUCGGGCUACAACGCGUGGCUGUGCUAUGAGCUGCUGCCGGCGGCGGGUGGUGCGCGCGGCCCGUUCCGCGUGGGGCUGUACACCGGCGAGAUCAGCACGACGCGCGCCCUGGACGAGGCGGACUCUCCGCGGCAGCGCCUGCUGGUGCUGGUGAAGGACCAUGGCGUGCCGGCGCUGGCGGUCACGGCCACUGUGCUGCUGUCGCUGGUGGAGAAUAGCCAGGCGCCAAAGACCUCCUCCCAAACGUCUCCUGGCGCUGCGAGCGCGGAGGCGGCGCUGGUGGACGUGAACGUGUACCUGAUCAUCGCCAUCUGCGCGGUGUCCAGCCUGCUGGUGCUCUCGCUGCUGCUGUACACGGCUCUGCGGUGCUCCGCGCCGCCCACCGAGGGUGCGUGCGGGCCGGGGAAGCCCGUGCUGGUGUGCUCCAGCGCGGUGGGCAGCUGGUCGUACUCACAACAGAGGCGGCAGAGGGUGUGCUCUGGGGAGGGGCCGCCCAAGACGGACCUCAUGGCCUUCAGCCCCAGUCUUCCUCCGGGUCCGAAUAUGUCGGAAGAAAAUGAACACCCAGACGUAAAUUCGGAACAUUCUGGUAAUGUAAGUCCAACUUUCAAGCUUUGCCUUUAAUGUUUUUUUUUUUUAAUUUAACUUAUAAAAUCACCUUUUAAAAUGUGACUUUUUAGAAUGUAUUCAAAGUGUCCACUAAAAUUGAAAGAAAUCUUACCAUUCAACACAGGUAUUUAUGUUAUUAUUUACAGCUGCAUCCUGAAUGGAACAUAGAAAUAACAAGCACAACAACAACAAAAAAAAUGUAGGGACAAAUUGACGUAUUCUUUGAAAAAGCAUCCUACUUAAAAAGAAUACACACAGAAAAUACUAAGUAGUCUUGAUUACAUUUAACACAGGAUCUGAACGUAGUCAAUUACAGUGACAUUUUCAAGUUUAUUACUUUAAUCUUGUAGUGAAGUGUCAAGUCUUUGACCUAAAUUAAUUCCUCUUGCCCAUUCGCAUUACUCUGUUCCCAUAGCUAUAUUUCCUAAUGUCCAGGCUUAGCGUUUCCUCCAUAGACAAUGUUUAUUUAUGGAUCCAUUCCACAAGCACAUAACUCUCUUAUAUACUAAGCCCUGCUGUAGAACCCAGGGACAGAGCAACAGUGAAACAAGACAGGGAAGGUCUCUGGCUUGGGGGGUGGGAGGGAGAACACACUGUAUUUAAAAUAACAAGUUUAAACCUGUUUUCACCUAUUUAAAAUAACAAUUGGGUUAUGAAAAGACUUGGAUUUGGUAUAAUAUUGCUUUUUCCAUUUUCUUUGUAUAGCAGGGUGUUUAUAAAGGGAGAUGUUGUUCUAUUCAUAACUUUAAAAAAUAUUUUUAUUGAUUUCAGAGAGGAGUGGAGAGGGAGAGAGAGAUAGAAACAUCAAUGAUGAGAGUCAUUGAUGGGCUGUCUCCUGCGUGCCUCAUACUGGGGAUCAAGCCCACAACUCGGGCAUGUGUCCUGACAUGGAAUUGAGCCAUGACCUCCUGGUUUGUAGGUCGAUGAUCAACCACUGAGCCACGACAGCUGGGCUAUUCAUGACUUUUUAAAAAGAGGCAAUAAAAUGCUGACUGUUAUCAGCAAGCUUUCUUAGAAACAAAGCAGAUGAAGGUUUCCCCCAUCUAUGUGAAUAAUACUCAGGAAGUAUAUGUAAUUCUCAUUGCAUCACUAAAGCAAAAUAUAGUCAAGUAGAGGAAAAUGUCCUGGAAAGGUGAAUUAAAAUGAUCAAACAAUUGGGAUGGAUAGAGAAAACUAUAUUUUGAAGCUGAACUAAAAAUCAUAAAUAGUAUGGAAAACGUAAACAUAUAUUUUCUUCUAUCAAGCCAGAAAAACUUGAGUUACAAGCUGGCAUUUGAAGCUAAACUGGCACAAUUUAUUUCUUGAAGAAUUUAUAUAGGAUGAAAAAGUAGUUAUCUAAUAAUGCUUCACAGAGAGGUUAACAAUAAGAUUAUUAAUGGAAUUGAGCAUCAUUUAACGAAUACCAAUAGCCUUUUUUGAAUUUGGCCUGAAGACAUUCAGACAUGCCUUCACAUAAAUACAUUGGGAUCACUGCCAAAAAGAAAAUGUUAGAUUGAUGCUCAACAGUUCUCCCUGUAUAUUGUUUAUUGUUGUAAAGGUAAAAAGUUUUCUGGGUUAGUUGAAGGUUUUAGCUUGAAGGUAAAUCUCAAAUAUUGGUUAGUGAUCACUAAACUAAAAGAAGUGGGUUUAAAAAGGUGAUUUUUAA